GCCAGGCGCCGAGUGAGCUCGGGGGUGGAGAUUUGCUGGGCUGGUCUUUGUCCUGCAGAGGCUGGUAGCCUGCAGACGUCCACUCUCGAAUUCCUGGGUGUAAAGAGGUGCCGAUUGGCUCGUGGGAUCGGAGGGCGCCCGCUGAGCCUCGGGUCCCUGGGCUGCGUGGGGAAUCGCCGCGGAGGUGAAUUAGUGUUGCCCAUAAUUACGGAAGAUUCUCUAGACCCCCCGUCAAUCGCCACCCGCUACCCUGUCAUCCCCGCUCCCCCUACUUACCGUCCAUUCCUAACCCUCCUCGAGACCACCAAAGAAUCCCUCACCCUCCCCUCCGCCAACCAGCGCCCCCCGUGCCCCCUUGACCAGGAAGAUAACGAUUGCGAGGAUGCCAUUGAAGUCUCGGGCUACGGCUCUGGGGAGGUCUUUGACUCCAGUUUGCCCCCAACAGACGAUGAGGAUUUUUACAAAACUUUUCCCUUGGUCACAGACAGGACCUUGUUACCUCCGCCAGCAGUCAACGGGGGGUCCGAAGGCAAAAUCUCCCGGGACCGCCAUUUUUCCAAGCCCAAUUCCAAGUCCUCCACUGCCACCACUUCCAACUCCCCUCCCGAAAACCAGGGCCCUGCUCAGGGGGCCACCCCCGACCUUCUGCGUAAAACUAAAAACAGCAUCCCCGCCGGCAAAAUGAACACCCGCGACCAAGUCCUCUUGCUCCCCAUGCCCACUUCCUAUGACCUCGAUCAUAACGGUAGACACAGACACCACCCCGAUAUAACCUAUCCCCCCAAUUUCCACAAUCUGCCCACAGCCAAUCCCACAGGCCCCGGAGAAAGGGGUCCCCCAGGAGCCGUGGAGGUGAUCCGGGAAUCCAGCAGCACCACCGGGAUGGUGGUGGGAAUAGUGGCGGCAGCGGCGCUCUGCAUCCUCAUCCUCCUCUACGCCAUGUAUAAGUAUCGCAACCGCGACGAAGGCUCUUACCAGGUAGACCAGAGCCGCAAUUACAUCAGCAACUCUGCGACGCAAAGCAACGGCGCUGUGGUGAAGGAGAAGCAGCCCGGCGCCGCCAAGACAACGGGAAAGAACAAGAAGGACAAAGACAAAGAGUAUUACGUCUGAGAGAGCGAGAAAGAGAGAGAGAGGAAGAGAGAAUGGAACGUGAGAAUUCUCUAUCUCAGCACCAAACUUUUUUUUUUAGUUCGAAAAUAUCCGCAAGACAAAAUCCCCAGUCCUCCAAUCCCAUCCCUUCCCUUGUCCUUACAAGAAAAGGAGUUGAAGGAAAGAGAAUUGCGGCUCACUAUACAUUUCUUCUCCCCUGCUUUCUUUCUUUCUUUCUUUCUUCCCCGCCUGUCUUCCUUUUCAUCUCCCUAACCCUUCUGUUUCAGUGAAACCCUCAACAUGGAGACGUAUUGUUUAUUUAUUUUUGUCUGAGUGGGCCAUUUUCAAAUGUGCCAACACUUAUUUAAAAGAGGGGGGAAAAAAGACUUUUAAGAACAUGAAAAGAGAAAUAAAAAAGGGUUCAGGAGCACUGCAAAACAAAAAGGACAGACGUCUUCUUCCAAAAGUCUUGGGGAAGAGAGCAAUUAUGGACGAAUCGAAGAAGCGACUUUGUUUGUGCCAAGCUGAAAAGAACAGACACAGACUCGGCAAAGUGACAAACGACAACAACAACAACAAAAAAAAAAAAAAACAGAGCAAAAAGUUAGUUUUUUGUUUUGUCCUGGGGUCUUGUUUGCCAGUGGCACUUGAUAAGACACAGACAGAAAUCUGCAGACGGUACAGACUGCCCAGACCUAAAAAAACAAACAAACAGUGGACCUUUUGUUUGGAAAACCAAUGCAGCUGCCAACUGUAAUCCUGACAAACUCUGACUUCAAAUUGACCUUGUUUGUGUCUCUUCAGUCUCUCUCUCUGUCUCUCUCUCUUGACUAAGGUGCUAAUGCAACAUUUUUUCUGCUGUGUUUCAAGCAUGUAGUAAUCAUGUACAAAGAAAUGUAAUCGUUUCAGUGGAGAAAAAAAAAACAGCUACAUCAGCCAUUCAGAAAUAAAUUUUUUCUUUUCUUUUUUGGUUCAUUCCUAACUUGGGACUUCAUGUGCAGUAGGUCGUAACCAGCAAAUGAAGGAGAGGUUCUGUGCAACAAGACUUAACUAUAUAAAUAUAUAUAUGUAUAGACCUUUCAGAGUCCUACAGACCAGCUAGGAGCUUAUAAAAAAAUGCGUGUAUGUUUGUGCGAUUUAUUGGGGAAAAAAAAGACUGCGGAAAGUGGAUAGCCAUAUUUCCGAAAACAACGGCAGCAAAAAGAUUUUGUUAAGUCGUGGAUAUUUUUUUUUAAGGAAAAAUGUGUCUUCAUUAAAAUCGACAGGUUUUUUUUUUUUUUUUUUUUUUUUUUAAUUCUUAAGCGAAGAUGGACUGAAAUGGAACACAGAACGGUAACGAAAAAAAAAAAAAAAAACUGGUUCCCUUUCUGGGAAAAAAGAGACUCCAGUAUUCAAAUGUUCUUGACUCCAUUAUGAACUGUUAACAUGAAAAAAAAAAAUCUUUAAAAAAAAAAAAAAAAAAAAAAAAUUGUGAAAUGUCUAAAUAUUUGAAUCUCAUCCCAUUAUUAAGAACGGCGUGUUUUCCCUGUUUACGUUCCUGUUAGAAAAAAAAAAAGUAAAAUAUAAAAACGUACAGAAAGAAAUGACGGGAAACUGUUACGAUUUGUACAUGAGCCUGACUGGUUGUUGCUGUCUCUCUUGCUCAAAAUGAGAAAACGCCAAACCCAAAUAGUUACCUUUUAUGAUUUCUAAUGUGUACCAAAAUAUUUUCAGUUCAAAUAACGCAAAACUGGAAGAGUGCUGAUUGCAAACACAGCCGUGAAAACUCACAACAGGGGGGUUGAACUCCGGUAUUUUUAUUAAUUUAUUUUUUGUAUCAAAACUCCCUUUUAUUUUAGGUGGGGUAGCUGUGUUAUUUUGUUGCUCAAAUUUUAUUUGAUUUUGCUAUCUACGAAAAAUUGGGCUCUCUAGGCUACGCCCAAUAGGUUCCUGUUCUAUUCAAUGUUAUUGUAAAGUGUCAACAGUGAGAUGAAUCUACAUAUGUGUACAUUAACAGAAAGAAAUACAAUUGGUUAUAUACUUCUUA